AUGGACCAAAAAUACUUCUCCCCAUCCGACCAACUCACUGGCGCAGCGUUCAACGCCAGCGGCGGAGGCAGAUUCCAGGGGAACUACCGCGGGGACUCGAGCCUCGCUGCCAACAAGGGCACGCACGUACCGGAGGAAAGCAAUACGAGCCUUUGGAUAACAAAAUUGCCAGCUUCGACCACCAUCCCGGCCCUGCUGGCCGCCAUCACCAAGACGGGCAAGGUGCGCUCCGCCGUCGUCAACGGGCCCACGGAGGGCCGCAGCACGGCCGCCGCGUCCCUCAGCUUCUUCCGGCGCGAGGACGCCGAGACGCUGUACCGGGCGGGCCAGCGCGGCAGCUUCCGCGUGUGCGGCACGGCGCCGCAGGUCUUCUGGAACCGGAACCGCGUGGCCGGCGACGGGCCGCCCGAGGCGAGCCGCGUCAUCCUGGUCGCGGGCGACCCCGACGUCGUCAGCCCCGAGGCGCUGACCGCCUACUUCUCCACCAAGUUUGUCUUCGACGUGGACACCAUCAUCGACCACGGCACCGUGCCCGGCUACGGCGGCCCCAUCGCCCGCUGCGAGUACCGCUUCGGCUCCUGGCGCGGCCAGGCCGUCUUCGCCUACCUCGCCAUCACCCGGGAGCUCCAGGGCCGCGUCCUCGUCGAGUACGGCGCCGACCCCUGCGAGUGA